CAAACACAGAAUCUAAAGAGAGGCAAGAAAAAAGAGAAAAAUGGUAAACAUGAUGAAGACGAAGCAAAAAAGAGGCGAAAGUCAAAGGAAUUUAGUGUUGAUUAAAUAAGAGAUUAGAUUGAUUGUUUUUAAAAUGUAUCAGCAUUACCUUUUUGUUAAAGAGUUGCUCAUAAAACUGAAAACAUAUGAUUUACUAGAAGCUGAAUUGAGUGUCUUUUCUUAAUGUUUUUUUUCACUGCUUUCAGUUGGUGAUAGCAGGUUUGUUUUGAUCAAAGGUAUGCGAAAGGUUAACCUUCCAGUUACGUUGAUCACCAAUGAGCUGAAACAGUGGAAUAUAAUUAAUACCAAAUCAAUGAGACUUUAUUCUGAUGAAAACUGUGAUUCUUCCGUGACGAUACCUGAGCCUCCCAAUCCAGAUACUUGCUGUCGCUCUGGCUGUUCUCAUUGUGUUUACAUUGAGUAUGCUAUUAGAUUAGAGCGGCAUUUCAAAGAUGGCGGGGAUGCAGCUAAGAAGAAACUUGAUCAGUUAAUUGAUGAUCCAAAUAUGAGACAAUUUAUUAAAAUGCAAUUAGACAAGCCUUCAGAUCAAUAGAUGACAUUAAUUUAUUUUAUUAUUAAAACUACAAUAAACCAAAAUAUUUGGCCGACAAACAUUUAUUACAAACUUUCCCACAAGAUGACUCUCACAUUCAUGUUAAAUUGGUUCAAUCGGCUUAAAGGGAUAAACAGUAAACAAAUUUACAAAUUAUUGUUAGUUAGACAGAAAUUAUGUGUCUUUUGAAUUCUUGUUUACUGAAUCGUUGUUCACCAUUAGUUGAUUCUAGUUUAUCUUGCUAAUAUUUAACAUAACACAUCUCUAAAAUAGCUGUGUGCCUUUCUAUUUUUGACAAACAGUAGUUAAAUACAAUUCCAUUGGUUCAAACUUAUUUCCAGGCCAAUAUGAUCUCGUUCGUAUCUUCCUCCUCCUCCUCACCCUUCAGUCCAGUAUAUAAAGGAUAUGUGAAAGUUUUGAACAGUAUACUUCUGAGUUCGAGUUCAUCACUUCAUUUACCACUACAUUUCAAUUUACUUAUAAGAAUAUCAUAAUUUGAUAAUCUUCAGUACUACAUCUUCAUUAUUUCAUUUUAACUUUAAGUAUUAACACUUGAAAUUAUUUCCAAUGGCAGAUUCAACUGAACAAUGGCCUACACUCCUCGAUGAACAAAGUUUUGGCUAUCUGGUUGAUUUAUCCCAAAACUUGUCCAAAGUUGAAGGAUUAGUUAAAAAAUUGGUGAAGGGUGAAUAUCAGCAAUGGUAUAAAAAACAAUACGAAUCGACUCGUGAUUCUCAGAACUUUAAUAGUGUAGAAAACACUUCUUGGGAUAAUUGCCUUAACUCGCAAGGAGAGAGUGAAGAUAAUGACGAUUCGUACCCAGCUAGCUACAAAUGGUACCCAACUGGAGAAGCAUCCAGUGAAAAUAACAACAAUCCCAAAAGUGAAUGGACUGAAAGACGGGACGAAGGUUGGGAAAUCGAACCAGAUUGGUCAAGUGUUCAAUCCAAAAAUGAGACAGCUACGAAUUGGCCUGUACCUAAGGUAUCUGAAUGGGACGAAGCUCAUUUGGAAAGUGAAUGGAGAAAUUUUGAUUCCAAGGAAUCAAAUCAAGAGGAAAUUGAAUGGGAAUAACCUGAACCAUCUGCUUGGUGAUUGAAUUUUCUUUCAAAUAAUGGAUGGUCUAGAUGAAAGUCAUUUUGGGUUUCCUUCCUUAUAUUUUACUACGAAGACUUUCAAUUUUAUAUAACUAUUUUGUCAGUGUCACUUCUAUUCCACAUAUACUAUGUAUUUUCAUGAUUAAGAUAAUUUCCCAAAAAUUAGAUUGAAAUAAAUUCUCUGCAACUUUGAAUAAGAUC